UGCCUUACAUGGUCAAACAUCUCCACUGACUCUCUGACCUGUGGUAGUUCCUGCUCUGACGUCACCGCCUGCCACUCAGGUCUGGGGGAAAGAAGUUUCACUUUCUUAGUGGGAUUCAGAAACGGUUGAUUCCUAGAAAGCCGAGACGUGAAGAAAGAAGCACUGACCUGGAGGAGACCAAAUAACCAUCGUACCAGCUGUUAGGUCAAUACUUCCACAGGAAGAGGUUUCUGACCCUGUGACUGGUCCCUCUGUGAUCCUGAAGGGACUCUCUCUCUCUCUCUCUCUCUCUCUCUCUGUGUGUGUUGAAAAAUCUGAACCAUGUGGACCGGUGAAGGAGAGGUUCAGGUGAAAGCCCGGAUGGAGACCACCCUUGCCAUGGGCGUCCCUAGUAUCUCUGUUUCCCAGAAACAGACCCCUAAAAAGUUUGGCCCUGUGGUGGCCCCGAAGCCCCAGUUCAACCCCUACAAGACGGGAGACCCCAUUGACCUUGCUGAAGGGAACUACCCCCCUCCUCCUCCACCUGCUGACUACGGAGGCCUCCCAUCCCUCAUGUCCUCCCCCCCCCCUCCAUCCAUGGACAGAGAAUACCAGAUGUGCAGGCCACAGAAGACCCUAGAGGAGAGGCGGUCCAGUCUGGAUGCUGAGAUUGACUCUCUGACCUCUAUCCUAGCUGACCUGGAGAGUAACUCACCUUACAAGCCCCGCAUUGCACAGAACUCUGAAACUCUUCCGUCUGUGACCAGUCCCAAUGCUCCGGUCACCGGCUACAAGCGUAUGGUCAUCCCGACUCAGCCUCCUCUGACGGCCACUAAGAAGUCCGGGGCCCCAGGUGGAACACUGCCCCGUUCCCAGGCGGAGCACUCCCCCUCCUCUGCCUCCCCAGUGGCCAGGCCUCAGUUCCAUACGGUGCCACAGCCAGUCCCAGCCACCUACGCCACAGCCUCCACCCCCAGCCAGCCUACCUUCAAUGUACAGGUGAGGUCUGCCCAACCCGCCGCCCGGCACCAGUCCCCAGGACCCCCCCAGCAGUUUGCCCAGCAGCCGAUCCGGAGCCCAGCCCAGGUCCAGUACAUGUCUGCUCAGCCUCGAGGCCCUGACUCGGCCUACGGGCCCCCUCAGCCAGGCUCCGCCCCUCAGCCAGGCUCCGCCCCUCAGCCAGGCUCCGCCCCUCAGCCAGGCUCCGCCCCUCAGCCAGGCUUCGCCCCUCAGCCAGGCUUCGCCUCUCUGCCAGGCUUCGCCCCUCAGCCAGGCUCCGCCCCUCAGCCAGGCUCUGCACCACAAGGGUACCCAGAACAGGCCUACCCUGGACCAGGAGGGUACGGGGGAGAACCAGGAAACACCUGGAGACCCCAGCCUAGCUAUACUGCUGCUCCUACCCAGCAGGGCUUCCCACAACCUGUCCCUAAGAAGACCUACAUCACAGACCCUCCUGCCAGCCUGGCGCCUCCUGUACACCUCGCCCCACCGAAGGCUCCCAGCGGUGCCAGGCCUGAGGAAGAACUGGAGCGUCUCACCAAGAAGAUGCUGUAUGACAUGGAAAACCCUCCGGCUGAAGAGUACUUUGGUGAGACAGAACUUUACAGUGCAGUAAUCAUAUCAUUACCUACGGUGAACGCCAUUAUAGGGGUCGAUCCCUCCAAAAAUAGUGUUUUUUUUGGUCUCUUUGAUAGGUUCAGUAGAUAUAUUAAAUGAAGGCUAAUUUAUUAAUAUAGACCACAUGGAGAACUCAAGAAGUCACAUUUUUAAUAUGAAAAGACUUGCUAAAAGUGCUUAAAGUCAGCAUUUUGACAUUUUGUCCCUCCGUGCUCCCUGUAGGAAGAUGUGAACCCACUAAACAU